GCCAGUGUUGACCAGGCAGUUCCUAUCACGGGUAUUUUUGGCUCUAAAGCUGCGCAAGUGCGUUCUCAUCUACCUUUUUUGACAGGAAUCAACGAUUUCACUUUUUUUAAAAAAAGUCCUAUCUCGAUUAUACUCACGUAGCUAAUUGUGAAGAUGCCAAAAAAAAGUCUGACAGAAGUGACUUACUGAUGUUGCAAACGGCAUUGAGCGGAUGUAUUUGCCUAUCUCGUGGUUUCCAGCUGAGGGAAACAAAUGUGGUUUAAACGUGGAAAAGUCAAUACGUGGAUUCUGGAUCUACUAUCUCUGACUCAAAACUUGACAGUGAUCUGUUCAUGAUGAAUGCAGAUAUGGAAGUUAUUGACCCUGAGAACCAAGUAGAAUUAGAAGAGAAGACGCGACUGAUUAACCAAGUGCUGGAACUCCAGCACACUUUAGAAGAGCUGUCAGCACGUGUAGAUGCUGUGAAAGAAGAGAAUCUUAAACUAAAGUCUGAAAAUCAAGUCCUUGGGCAAUAUAUAGAAAAUCUCAUGUCAGCUUCUAGUGUUUUCCAGACAACAGACACAAAAAGCAAACGAAAGUAAAAGCCAGUUUGAUUUCAUCAUUAGAUUUUGACUGGACUUGACUUGAAUAAUAGAUUCUAAAAGUUGUUCGUUCCUUCUUUCUUUUAACUUCCAUUGUCUGUCUGAAUUUCUCCAAGGACAAAAUUUUAGGAAAUCUUUGAGCAUAGUUAUUGUCUUUGUUAACAGGUUUGCACUUUGGUAAUAUGUUACAGUGUAAUCCUCCAAACCUGUACAUUAAUAUAAUGCACACUGGAUUUUCUUUUUGAGAGUCUAGGUUUAUAAAGGCAAGCUGCAGCUUCAGUAAUGAAUCUGGGCCGUGUUUCCAGUUUAACCUGACCGAGGGACAAAGUGUAAUUUAGUUUAAGGAAAGAAAUGCAAUGCAAUGUAAUGUAAUGUAGAUUGUCUUAAACUUUGUGCUAACUGUAAAUGCUACCCUGUGGCUGGUUUUUGUGUACAGUUAUAUAUUGUAAUCCUACAUUUUUGUUAUGUAUUUGUCUUAA